CUUUCGCUUUCAGUCGAGGCUCGCGGAGCCGGGAGAGAGGGUGCGAGCUAGCGCGGCGCGGGACCAGCGACCGCCAGACCAUGCCCGCGCUCAUGGCGCUCGCCACCCUCUGGGCCGCGCUGGCCGUCGGACUGCAGCUCUGGGCCGCGGGGCACGCCGUGCCCGCCCAGGUGGCAUUUUCACCCGAUGCCUCGGACCCCAGGAACAUGUGUCAGCCGAAGGAAUUCUACGACCAGACAACCCAGAAGUACUGCAGCAAGUGCCCACCUGGCUGCCGUGUGAAAGACUUCUGCACCGAGACCUCAGACACCGUGUGUGUGCCCUGCGAGGACAGCACGUACACCCAGCUCUGGAACUGGGUCCCCAGCUGUUUCAGCUGUGACUCCCGCUGCAGCUCUGACCAGGUGGAAACGCAAGCCUGCACCCCGAAGCAGAACCGCAUCUGCGCCUGCAGGCCGGGCUGGUACUGCAUGCUGAGCAAGCAGCAGGGCUGCCGGCUGUGCGCGCAGCUGCGCAAGUGCCGCCCCGGCUUCGGCGUCGCCAAACCAGGAACUGCAACGUCAGACGUGGUGUGCAGGCCCUGCGCCCCGGGGACAUUCUCCAGCACGACUUCAUCCACGGAGACGUGCAGACCCCACCGGACCUGCAGCUCGGUGGCCAUCCCUGGCAAUGCGAGCACGGAUGCAGUCUGCUCGCCUGCGUCCCCCACCUUGGGAGCGGCCCCGGGGCCAGCCCGCGUCCCCCGGCCGGCGUCCACGACACCCCAGCACAGGGAGCCAACUCCAGGGCCCAGCACGGCUCCAAGCACCUCCUUCCUGCUCCCAGUGGGCCCCAGCGCCCCGGCUGAAGGGGUCAGCAGUGGCGACAUCUCUCUUCCAGUCAGUCUCAUCGUGGGUGUGACAGCGUUGGGUCUGCUAAUAAUAGGACUGGUGUACUGUGUCAUCGUGAAUCAGAAGAAAAAGAAGCCCUCCUGCCUGCAAAGAGAAGGCAAGGUGCCUCACCUGCCCGCCGAUAAGGCCCGGGGCGCGCCAGGCCUGGAGCAGCAGCACCUGCUGACCGCGGCGCCCACCAGCAGCAGCUCCCUGGAGAGCUCGGCCAGCGCCGCGCCCGGGACGGCGCCCGCCGCGGCCAGCCAGCCGCAGGUGCCAGGCGCGGAGACGGCCGGAGGGUCUGCGGAGGCCCGGGCCAGCGCCGGGAGCUCAGAGUCUUCCCCUGGUGGCCACGGGACCCAGGUCAAUGUCACCUGCAUCGUGAACGUCUGCAGCAGCUCCAGCCACGGCUCACGGUGCUCCUCGCAGGCCAGCUCCACGGCGGGAGACGCAGAUGCCAGCCCCUCCGCUUCCCCGAAGGACGAGCAGGUCCCCUUCUCCAAGGAGGAGUGCGCCUUUCAGUCCCAGCGGGAGACGCCAGAGACUCUGCUGCAGAGCUCCGAGGAGAAGCCCCUGCCCCUGGGCGUGCCUGACGCCGGAAUGAAGCCCAGUUAACCAGGCCUGAGCCCUGGCAGGGUGGCCCUGUGAAGGGGUCCCGGUCCUUCUAGGCCCCCACCCCAGGACUCUGUAGCUCUUUCUAGGCCAAGUGUCUUUAGUGACUCCCCCCCCCAGCCUCCCUCUCACCUGCAGGCUGAGGGAUGAGACAGUGGGUCGUGGAAAGCCUCUGCUGUCCUGGCGUGUCCCUCUCGAAAGGCUGGCUGGGCAUGGAUGCGCGGGACAGCCUGGGCGAGGCUUUGCCUCUCCGUGGCCGGCCCCCGAGCUGGACCUGCGAGCUCGGCUUCUGGAGCCCUUGGUGUUUUCUUUUUAUUGCCCUGGCUCUGGCCUGGCCUGGGCUUCCAGAUGCUCUGCCAUCCUCCCCCCGACCCGGAGGGGCUUGCCGGGAAGGAGGGACGCCGCGUGAGUCAUCCAUCAAGACGGGAUUGUGCUUCAGCCUGAGUGCUGAGACUGCAGGACAGUCCCAGCACGGCAGGAGGAGGCCACUGUCGGAUGGUUGGCGGGGAGGCGGUGGCACCCCUCUGGGGGACGGGGUCCCUCAGGUUAACUCAGGACUCUUGGAAAGCCCCACCUCCAAAUUCACAUCUGCUAGCUUGUCCUUUCGCACCGUGGUGCAAACAUCGGAUGCCCGGUGGGUCCAGGCAGGCACCCUGACGCAGUGCCAUGGCCUGGGCAAGAUGACAAACUCCUCACCGGAAAUCUCCCAAGUUUGACAUGUAGCAGAUUAAACAGAAGUAAGUACCCUGCAGCGAAGGGAGCCAGCCAACAGCGAAGGAAGCCAGACUCUGAGGGCCAGGUGCAGCCCUUACCCCGCUAUUGUCCCCUCUGCUUCACUCCAGUACCGGCAGGCCGGGUCCCUCCUCCCUGGCCGCCUGGGGGGGUGCUCCAAGGCCACACGUGCACUAUCAGGGAAUUUCAGGAACUGGAGGUGACUGAGCCCCACAGCCGCCUCUCUCCUGCUACCUCAGCUUGGACCUUCCUCCUGCUUCCAGAGGGGUGUGCGCCUCUCGCCCUGCCCCCACUCCCUGGCCCCAGGGGGCUGCCGAGCCACUGUGAUCCCGAGUGGGUGUGAGAAGCCUUGUGUCUGGGCUGUGUGCUGUGGGUCUAAGCAGCAAAGGUCGUUAAGGCCAACGCCCUGCCUCCGGGCAGCCAAAGCCAUCCAUUUUGCCAACGGAUCCUUCCCCACUGGAGAGCCGACCGGCCCGCUCCAAACACGUGCCCAGAGCCCGGCAGAGGGUGAGCUGGAUCCUGGAAGGGAGGGAGAUCAGGGACUGACUCCUUGAGAGGCUGGUCCAGUCUCAGGUACUUGGAUCCCACGUUGAUAAAUUCCACUGGACUCGGACUUGGCAGCUGAACUACUGGCGGGCGGGAGAGCCCAGCCGUUACCAUGGAGACAAAGAGGGUUUUCCCAGCCUGGAAUCUUGGUGUCAGAGCGCCCGGACUGGCCAGGCCUGCCCACGCUGGUCCCUGCUCGGCAGUGGGGCGCGUCUGCCCCCUGGUGGGCAGUGCUGGGAGGACCUCAGGCUUCCUCUGCAGUCCCCGAGCAGAGCCUGUGGCCGUGAAUUAUUGCAAGGAGACUCUUCUGGGUGUGGCCUCUGUUCCUCCGCUGCAUUGAUCCUGAGACCAUGAGAGUUCGUACUAUAUGCUGGACAGCAUUCCUGCUUAUAAAUAAACCUGCGUUUGUUUGUUUUA